UUCUAUACGGCACACAGUUCGACAAUCGACGCUACGUGUCGCGCACAUCAGCAGCCAAUAUAAUUGUUUAAAAUAUACUUAGUCGAAUUUUGUUCGGCCGCACAGUGACCGUUCUUGUCUUGCACCAUUUAGUGUAUGAAAUGCAAGCUCGUGGGUUUCACCAACGUUUUAAAAACACAUAACUAAUUUUAUGAUAAUAAUUGUUUUCUCCAAUUUUAAUCGUCGAGUUUCUAACUUACAUGUUUUAAACACAUUCCUACAGCGACAAACGGCAAAAUCCAAAGACCACCGCUACCGUAUAAUUACUGUUCAAAAUCCAACGUAAAUAAGAUAUAGAUUCCAACGUACAAAGUCCUGUUAGUUAUACUAUGUUUCCAGCGGCCGUCAUAAUCGUAGCCUGCUGUAUGACAGUAGUACUACUCCUUUACAACUAUACGACAUCUACGUACAAAUAUUGGAAGAUGAAAUCGGUAACGUUUGCCACACCCGUACCACUAUUCGGUAAUAUCAAAGACCAAGUGAUGCUUAGAAUGACUCAGGGCGAGUGCUUGAAAAAUAUUUAUAAUGAUUUUCCACAUGAAAAGUUUGUGGGCAUGUAUCAAUUACAAACUCCAACAUUGUUGCUCCGCGACCCAGAAAUCAUUCGAUUAUUUCUGGUUAAAAACUUCACACACUUCACGGACAGAGGAUUCUUGUACGAUAGUCAUAGGGAACCGUUGACCAAACAUUUAGUCAAUUUAGAAGGUGAAACAUGGAAGAAUCUCCGACAAAAGCUCACCCCUACAUUCAGCUCUGGUAAAAUCAAAAGUAUGUUAGGGCUGUUACAGGGCUGCGGUGUGCAACUUAUUGAAUACAUGGAAACUACCACAAAUUCUGGGAAGACGGAAUUUGAAAUUCGUGACUUAACAGCCAAGUUCACUACAGACGUGAUUGGCACAUGCGCAUUUGGAUUAGAAUGCAAUUCACUGAAAGACUCGCAAUCCGAAUUCAGAAGAAUGGGGUGUGCAGUGCUCAAUUCUUCGGCGUCUUUAGCGUUGGCUAAAAUAGUACGAAUAUUCUUUCCAAAAAUUUUCAAGGCGUUAAAACUCCGCACGUUCCCAGCCGAAGUGCAACAAUUCUUCAUGAGCAUCGUAAAGCAGACAAUCGACUUCCGGAACACUAACCAAGUGCGUCGGAACGACUUUAUACAGUUAUUGCUUGAAAUUAAAAACCAAAAUCACCAUCAACAAAACACGAUUAAUUCAAUUAAACUGACUGAAGAAUUGAUCGCCGCUCAAGUAUUCGUGUUCUUCUUGGCUGGUUUCGAAACGUCUUCCACGACAUUGAGUUUUUGCUUGCACGAGAUGGCCGUUAACCAAGAUAUACAAAAUAAGGUAUACGAAGAAAUAAUCAAGACAGCCGAUAAGUAUGGACUGCCAUUCUCUUAUGAAGCAAUCUCGUCGAUGAACUACUUAGAACAGUGUUUAAAAGAAACGAUGAGAAAAUAUCCACCAGUACAAACGUUAGUCCGCGUGUGCACCAAACAGUUCCGGAUUCCCAAUACAGAACUAGACCUGGACGUGGGCACAGCUGUGUUGAUACCAGUGUACGCGAUACAUCACGACCCACAAUACUAUCCGGAACCAGACACGUUCAACCCUGAUCGGUUCGUCAAAGACUGCAACGGUGGCGGUAGCGACAACGAGAGACCCGCUGGAGUUUAUCUGCCGUUCGGCGAUGGCCCGCGCAUAUGCAUAGGUAUGCGUUUUGCCAUGUUAGAAAUGAAACUGGCGUUGGCCCAGUUCUUGCAUAGCUUCGUCGUGACGCUGAGCGACAAAUCCUGUACACGAAUCGAGUUUGAACCUGCGUCAUUCCUGUCAUGCCCAAAAGGCGGUAUAUGGUUGAACGUCAAUAAACGUACACAGUGAGAUCGCACCACACAGACCAAGAUUUUUAUAUUAGAUAAUUUCAUUAGUCUACCGACGUGUAAUUUUAAAUAUAUUCAAACGUUUAUCUUUA